AACUUGGAGGUGGGAUUUAGCUACCGUCCAUCUUUAGCUAGAAUACAGCGAGAUUGUCGAAAAGAAAACAAAAUUUGGAAGUAAAGAAGACUUUCUGGAGUUAGUUUUGGCUGUAAUUGAAAAAAGACAAACGAAAGCCCAGACCCUAGCUAACAUCGUGACAGACGGAAUGUGGACAGUGUCGUAGUCAAAGCCAUGGCUGACAAGAGAAAACUUCAAGGUGAGAUCGACAGAUGUUUGAAAAAAGUAGCCGAAGGUGUAGAACAAUUUGAAGAUAUUUGGCAAAAGCUUCACAAUGCAGCCAAUGCAAACCAGAAGGAAAAAUAUGAGGCGGACCUCAAAAAAGAGAUUAAAAAACUACAACGACUGAGAGAUCAGAUAAAGACAUGGGUGGCCUCAAACGAGAUCAAAGACAAAAGGCAGCUAGUGGAGAACCGCAAACUUAUAGAGACGCAAAUGGAGCGGUUUAAGGUGGUGGAGCGAGAAACAAAAACAAAAGCCUACUCUAAAGAAGGCCUAGGGCUGGCCCAGAAAGUGGAUCCAGCUCAGAGGGAAAAGGAGGAAACGGGACAGUGGCUAACAAAUACGAUAGACACUCUAAAUAUGCAGGUGGACCAGUUUGAAAGUGAGGUGGAGUCUCUCUCAGUUCAGACAAGAAAGAAGAAGGGUGAUAAAGAGAAGCAAGACCGUAUCGAUGAACUCAAACGUUUGAUAGAGAGGCAUAGAUUCCACAUUCGCAUGUUGGAGACCAUUUUGCGAAUGCUGGACAAUGACUCUGUGCAAGUGGAUUCCAUCCAGAAGAUCAAGGAUGACGUGGAGUAUUACAUUGACUCCUCCCAAGAUCCGGACUUUGAGGAGAAUGAGUUUCUGUAUGAUGACUUAGAUCUGGAAGACAUCCCUGCAGCACUAGUUGCAACUUCGCCGUCAGGUCAAGGCAACAUGGAAGAUGAGAUGUUUCUCCAAUCCAGCAGCACUCCCACUUCCACCACCUCUUCUUCACCCAUCCCUCCAUCCCCAGCCACUUGCACUGCUGAGAACUCAGAGGACGAUAAGAAAAGGGGACGGUCGACAGACAGUGAAGUUAGUCAGUCACCUGUGAAGAACGGCACCCCAUCAUUGUUAUCCUCCUUCUCUUCCUCGACCACCUCCGGCUCAUCCUCGUCCUCCUCACUCGUGUCCAUGGCAAGUGUUGUCGGCGGCAUUCCCGCAGUUCCAACGAGCAACAGCCUCAUAGGAAGUUUCAGCAGCGCGGUGCAGCAACAUCAACAUCAGCCUCCACAGCAGCAGCAACAAUCCCAGCCACCAAACCAAACACAGCAGCAGCAGAUACCACAAACAAAACCCUCUGUCCCCUCAAACAACACCCCCAGCCCCCCCAGCCAUCCCCUCCUGCCAGCCUCCACUGCCCCCUCCCUCCCCACCUCCAGCACACCCAGUUCGGUGGCUCCCAUCUCCCAACCCCAGGCCUCUUCUGGGCCCACCCCAGCCUCCAGUUUGGGACUCGGGUUGGGACUGGGUUUGAGCAAAGGUGGCAUGACGGGGACCAGCAGUGCCAACCAAAUGCCUGGUUUAGGCCUGAGUGGCAUGCCCACCCCUUUAAACACUAUGGCAGGGCUCAUUUCGGGGUCCACUCCUGCCCCUUACGCUCAGGCAGCAGCAUCAGGAGGGUUGGGUUUGAGCAGCACCGCCCAAUCAAGUGUUUCGGUGGAGAGCAGCACCUCCAUCCCCACCUCUGGCUCCAGUGGAGUCACCACCAAUGGGGCUGGGACGGGGCUUGGUUUGCUAGGCUCCAGCCCGGCCCACAGCUCUCUAAGUGGGAGUAUCCUGGGUCUGGUCCCUGGGCAAAGUGUAGCCCCUGGUGCCUCUCAGGUGCCCCCCAGCCCAGUCAGCGCUGCCCCUGGAGGGGUAGUAGGCAUGAUGGGAGGCAAUGGAGGGAAUGUCGGAGUGGUUGGAGGAGUGGGGGUGAAUGCAGCUCCUGCCAGACCACCGAGUGGACUGAAGCAAAAUGGAAGCACAAGUUACAGUGCCGUAGUGGCAGAGAGUUCGACAGAGUCAGUCCUAAGCACACCUAGCCAAUCACAAAGCAGCCAGCCCUCGUCUCUCACUUCCUCAGCCAGUCAGCCGAUGGACAACGGCCCCAGCUUGAUCAGUUCCAUCACCCUGCCUCCCAGCUCUCCGUCCCCCUCGUUCUCAGACAGCACACCUGGAGGAGGGAGUCUCCUCAAUGGGCCCCACUCCUACACACAGGCCUCGGAGGCCCUCAAGGCUCCCGAGCCUCUUAGUUCUCUGAAGGCGAUGGCUGAGAGGGCGGCACUGGGAUCUGGCCUGGAUGGAGAGAUUCCCAACCUGCACCUAACAGACAGAGAUAUUUUCUCUGGUUCAUCUGCUGCUCCUGGCACCCCUGCAGCCCCCCAGCCGUCCCUGUCGGAAGUCAGCAUACCCCCCUCGCUCGGGGUGUGCCCGCUGGGUCCCACACCUCUCCCCAAAGACCAGCUGUACCAGCAGGCCAUGCAGGAGUCAGCAUGGACACACAUGCCACACCCCUCUGACUCUGAGAGGAUCAGGCAAUACCUGAUGAGGAAUCCAUGCCCCACCUUGCCCUUCCAUCACCAGAUGCCACCUCACCACUCUGACUCCAUAGAGUUUUACCAGAGACUGUCAACAGAAACUCUCUUUUUCAUCUUCUACUACCUAGAGGGCACCAAGGCUCAGUAUCUGUCUGCCAAGGCUCUGAAGAAACAAUCGUGGAGGUUUCACACCAAGUACAUGAUGUGGUUCCAGAGGCACGAGGAACCCAAGACUAUCACUGAUGAAUUUGAACAGGGCACUUACAUUUACUUUGACUAUGAGAAAUGGGGCCAGAGAAAAAAGGAAGGGUUCACCUUUGAGUAUAGGUACCUUGAAGACCGAGACCUGCAGUGACGGACAGACGGGACGCGGAAGGACAGAGAGAGAGAGAGAGAGAAAAUGUGCUGCUGUUGACAUUCCGAGACUGAACUCCAUACUGUGGAUAGAGAUUGUGAUGUGUAGUAGAAGCCCUCUCCUAUAAUGGAGACUGGUGUCUGUAUAGGCUGCAUCUCACAUGAAGCCCUGCUCCUUGUGUAGCGCAUAACUUUUGACACAAAUACCCCAUGGGCCUGAUCAAAAGCGGUGCACUGCACGGGGUGAGAGGGUAUCAUUAGAGAUCUGCAUUUGUGCCUGUCUGUGUGCACACUCAGUAUGUGGCAUUAGGAAAGCCUACCCCAUGCAUGUUUCUCAUGUUUUGUUUUAUUUUUCCGUUUCAACAAGAUUCUCUGUACCACCUACCCAACAUGAGCCUGGAAGCCUUUGACUUGACACAAAACAAACAUUGGAUUUGAUUGUUAAGUAAAUUGCCCAUCUUGUAUUUACUGUAAUUUGGUGGUUUAGAAGUGGGGGAAGUACAGUGGACAUUUAGUCAUGGUGUGUAGGAAUGGCUUCUUUUAACACCCUAUGAUGCCUGUUGAAUAUGGUCACUAUUAGAGAUAGUGAGCGAUUAUCAAUAGUUUUAUUGAUAUUGUCUUGGUCGAUUAAACACUGAUUGAGAAUGACCACAGGGCCUCUCCCUGUGACAGGGAAAGAGUCCUUAUUGGACAUGGAUUAAAUUGCUAUGCAAUUGAA